UAAAUCUAGCUGCGGAACCGUAGCUCUUAUGGUCCUUAUUCUAUUUUGGAUAAUUUGCGGACUCCAAUCGAACAUCAUUACAAUCUUCACAACCAUCACAUAGACAAAUUUUACUUACAGAUGAUGAAAUGGUUUGAAAAGCCAGUGUGAUGCUGAUAUGACCUAAUGAAAAGGACUUUGACAGGACAGUAAUAUGUGGCAGGACAUUCCAGAUACAUGGUUGUUAGAAAUUUUCCAGUAUUUAAAGUUUCAAGACCUAGUAAACAUUACUGCAGUCUGCAAGAAAUGGCAGCGUGUGGCUUUAGAUGAAACUUUAUGGAGGAAGUUAAUGAGGAGAACAUAUAAUAUCAAAAAUACAGAACUAGCUCCUGGUAAAGACUCCUGGUACAGUGAGUACAAACGAUUUUAUUAUCACACACCAGCAAUUGAAAGUGAAGUGCUCACAGAUCACACUGACGAAGUACUAGAUGUAGCAUUUUCUCAUAAUGGAAAAUAUGUGUGUACUACUUCAAAAGACUGCACUGUCAAGGUAUGGGAAAUUGGGUUUCCAACAAAGCUGAAGUAUUCAGCAGAUUUAAAAGAAAUGUUAGAAUGGAGUUUAACACAAUAUGCUGUUUUUAACAAAACAGAUGAUUAUUUAUUGGUGUGUGGUGUAAAUAUCAGUGGACCCUUCUACAGCGAGUUCUUCAUGGGACAUGGAGCCAUCUUUGACAUGACACAAGAUUUCACUAUAAUUAGAGUGAUGGGUAUGAACCCACCACAUCUUUUUGCUGAUUGGGCAGAUACAGAAGUUUGUGUAGGUGGAUAUGCCACAAAUCAUGAUCAUCUUACGAUUAAUUCAUUCAAGGUUCCGGAUAAAAGGAAUAGAAGGAAUAUUGAAACAGUAACGACUCCAAACCCUCAGGAGAUAUUAGAUAAUACAGAUGGAAAUAGACUGUGUACAUUUUAUGCGGAUUGCAAUCAUACUAUGAACCUAAUGGUAGCUAAUGUUCCCAUCAAACCAAAACCUCUGAUGCCAAAAUGUGAUAUAAAUAGAAACGCAAAUUCUGUGAUAUACAACAGAGAUAGAAAUAAUGGUGAUACGUGCAUUAAAUACUUGAUUUUUGUGGCAGGUGUUCAUGAUUGUAUAAUUUUACAUGAGUUAAAGAAUGUAAAAACAACAAAAGAUUUUGAUGAAGCCAAUGCUGUACGACCUUUCAGCUAUGAUGUCAUUCGCAGACCUGGACAGUACAUAUCUGGUAUGAAAUUGUCACAUGACCACAGGUAUUUAUAUUUUAAUUUUCGUGAAGCAGUCAAAGAAGAGGAAAAUGAAGAAUGGGAAGACUAUCUACACUUAAAAGAAAAUCUACAAGUAAAUGUUAUAGACCUGCAGACAAAACAGAUAAUACCUGAUAUUGUGUAUGAGGGCCACAAAGGAUUUUCAGAAUACCCAGCAUGGUACAUCUGUCUGGAUACAUCCGAUGAUAUUGUGGCAAGUGGAAGUGAAGAAGCAAAAGCCUACCUAUGGGAUAAAUAUUACAGAUGUUUGAUAACAACCUUACAACAUAAAGAGGGGGUGGUUAAUGGUUUAGAGUUUAACCCUAAAGAUUGUGAGACAAUGGUGACGUCUGGUGAUGACCAAACAAUUAGAAUAUGGAGGUCAAGAAAUAGGAUGAAGUCAUUACAACCAGUUGAUUUUUCAUAAUUAUAAAAAUGAGAUUUAAAUUAAGAGAUUAAAGAACAGGAUUAGUUAAACAUGUAGUGACAUUGAUUAGCCAGAUAAAGAGCAGACAAGACUUUGUAUUAGAGAAUGUGAUCAUAGUGUUGAAAAGCUACAGUGAUUGAAACUUCUGGUUUUUUAAUUCCAGGUGUUGAAGGUGCUUACUGUGUUUGGAUCUUUAUCUCCUGGUAAAAAAUUCGAACAUUUCAGUUCUUCUUUUUAAACUGUAAGUGUUGGAAUGAAUUAUUUGAUCACAUUUUUAACUUCUGGCCAUUUAGAAUCUUGACAAGUAGAAUUGAAUUGACUAUUUUCCAAACGGAACUAAAUUUACAAAUCUCCUCUAGGAGUCUUUAAAUCUCCUAGAUAAACUGGAAUUAAAACACAGGUUAAGUUUAAUUGGAUGAGAUAUAUUUAUGAACACUACAUUAUAACUUGAGAUUUAAAGAGGUUUUGGAUCUGAUAGCAAAUGGUGGUGCUUUAGAUAUAUUUCUUCUUUUUUUUUCGCCUUGACAGUGUCAAAAAGCGAGACUUAGGUAUGCAUUUUCCAUUGGCGUGGGCGGCGACUUCAACAAUGUAUUAGUUUGUGAUUAGGUCAAUUUAUGGGGAACUACUAGUGGUAGGUCAUUGAUAUUUGGUACGCAGUUGUAUAAGCAUUGACACAUCUCAUUUCCAUGGAGAUUAUUUGGUCUCGCCCCCUCAGUCAUGGUCUAUUGACUUUGAAACGUUUUGCUUUCUUUAGAAGUAUUAGUUUGUGAUUAGGUCAGUUUAUGGGGAAUCACUUCUGGUAGGUCAAUGAUAUUUGGUAUGCAGUUGUGUUAGCAUUGGCACCUCUCAUUUUCAGGGAGAUUAUUUGGCCAGCCCCCUCAGUCAUGAACUAUUGACUCUGAAACUUUUGCUUAGUUAACAUGUAUUUGUUUGCGACUAGGUCAGUUUAAGGGGGACCACUAGUGGUAGGUCAAUGGUAUUUGGUUUUUAGAUGUAUUAGCUCAAAGGUAAAACUGAUCUUUUCGUUGGCUUUGAAGUGGAUAACUAGAUUUAAUUUAUGGAUGAUUAAAGUUACUGCAGCCUUUCACCUUGUCUGUCAGUUCGUCUAACAAAUAUUUCUGUUACAUGUUUUGUAGGUACUACUGAACAAAAUGAAUUCAUAUUUGGUGAACAAUAUCAAAAUUAAACAAUAUGGCAUUUUUGCCUGGUUAGAGAUUCAGGCUUCUAGGAGCCUCUGUUUUCCAUUGAUUCCACAUAUCAAAAUAUUUCAACAUCAUUUUAGUUGCUUUUAUUGGUUUUUACAUGUGUUGACCUUUUAAUGUCAGAAUAUAACAUACAAGAGUUGUUUUAAGUCACAUCAAGUUAAAAGGUUAGCUUUUAUAUGAUUUAUAAAUUGAUGACAGAGGGACAGCUUGUAUGUAAGUACAUCUUGAAUGAUUUUAAUACAUUAGAACAUUUAUAUAAAUGUAUGGUUGUACAUUAUUAUUGUAAUGUCAACCAAGUUAGAUAGAUUCAGAUUGUUUAUUAAUAUUAAUUGAAUGCUAUUUGUGAUUUUAUUUCAAGGAAUGUUGUUGAAGAACAUUUGUUUUUAGUUAUGAAUGUUUGUUAAUUAAUUUAUUAUUAAACAGUAUAAUAGUAUGCUAUACUGGAAAUAAUGACAGGUUAACUUGUUAUAUAAAUCUUCAUAUAUCAGAGGGUAUUAAAAGAAGCUACACAGUCCAUAUUUUAUAUAAAGAUGGAUUAUGGUCUGAAACUUCCAUUUGCCAUAUUUCAGUUGUCCUUGACAACAUUUUCAUAGUUCAUGAACCCAUAAAAUUAAUGUUGUUUUAUUGAUGAGAUUAUUCUGAGAAUGAAUAUCAAGACCAACAAUAUUUACUUUAUAUAUAAUUAAUCUGUAAAUGCUUCAAUUAGUGUCCAUAUCAGUAUUACACUUGGAACUUAACCUUGACCUCAUAUUCAUUGUAGGCUGAAUCUUAAAUGCAGUCCUCUUUUGUGAAUAAACCAGUUUCUAUUAAA